CUGUACACAUUAUUUCAAGGCUCUGCGUAAAGACGGGCGCCUUCGCUUGGGAAUGAACUGUUACGGGGAUCCCCUCCAAGCCUUUGUGUUUAGGCUCAGGACGCUUCAAACUUAAGGAUAAACAAGCGGCAGCAUCAGCACAACAGAAAGGGAUUCAAGGGGGGAAAAAAAGCAGAAUAUCAUCUCCUGCAGCCCCCCACCUUUGCAGACCCCUUCCACCGGAGAACACUCCCAUCACAUACCGUGCAUAUCCGUCCGUCAACGCGCAACGCAGAGGUUUUGACAGAAGAGUGGAAAACGCAAAGAGGGAGGAAGGACGAAGGGAGGUGUUGUAAAUAAGACCAAGCGCCAAAGAGACAGAGGGAGAGCGGGGUGGGGAGGAGAGGAGAGGAUGGAGGCCCUGCUUCCUGUGCUGCGGAGUCACCCAGGCCCCUCAGUGCUGCUCUUCUCCUUGCUUUUCAGAGUGGCAGACCGGUUCCUCCACAGGUUGCCGGUGCCCAAGGUGGUGAAGCAGGAUGAGUUCCGUUUUUGGAAAUGGAGGAACCUUUCCGUGUCUAUGGUGCACUCCCUGCUGACCGGGACAUGGGCCCUGACCUGUGUGGUGGUCUGGCCAGAGACGCUGAAUAACAUCCACUCUUACCACACGCCUCUGUCCUACCUGCUCAUCUGCAUCUCAACAGGUUACUUUGUGCAAGAUGCCUGUGACAUAAUCUUCACUGGACAUGCAAGGGGAUCAUGGGAAUUCCUACUACAUCAUGCACUGGUGAUCUGGUGUUUCCUGUACACCCUCUACACUCACCUGUAUGUAGCCGGCGCUGUCGUUGCCCUUUUCGUGGAGGUCAACAGUGUCACUCUGCACCUAAGGCUGAUGCUGAAGCUGGCUGGCGCUCAGUCUUCCUACAUGUACCACAUUAACAAAGUGGCCAACCUCUUCACCUACAUCACCUUCCGUCUGAGCACCCAGUUCUACCUCACCUGGUACAUCAUCCACAACUACCCCAAGCUGGACCAUGGCGGAUACUUCCUUGUCAGUAUGAUGGUGAUGAAUAUUAUGAUCUCGAUUUAUUUCUACCGCCUCCUACGUGCUGACUUCUUUCCUCGGAAUAAGAGUCACAUGGGACAAAAUGGAACGCAUAACAACAACUCCAGAAAGUUUCUCAGUGAUUGACUGGGGAGCGUUUGUAGGACUGCAAUAGUGUAUCACACUUAUAUGUGUUUUUAUUAAGGGUGGGAGUUUACAUUUUGUCUUUUCUAAACUGUAACUGACGCCAUUUCUCAUGUCGAUAGGUUCCCUUGUUGCAUUGUGUCUCACUGCCAAAGAACGACCUUCCAAAAUGACUUUUGGUGGUGGCCUUGUUUACGUGCUGCAUUCCAGUGAUGUAGGAAAGUCCAAAAUUUAUCUGUUUGCUCGUAAAGUACAAACACAGCAGCACUUUAAGUCAAGCCAAGAUUCUGCAUUAAAUUAACAUUUCUCAAGCAGUCCAAGCACUUGUACCUAGUUCAGUAAAAACCCCCAAAAACAAACAGCAUUUAAUCAGUGAUGUUAAUCUUUCAAAACACUGGUGUGAUUAAUAUUUCAGAUGUGAAAUUGCUUUGAGCAGUCGCUAACAUUCCCUCGCUGACAACUGAGAUGUUUCUCACCAUACAUCUUCAACAUUUGCAUGGAAAACAGUGUUUUUUAUGUAGGGAACUUAAAAACCUUGUCCAUUUUGUUCUGCCUGGGUGUUUCAAUGACCUGCCAUUUUCACAUGUCAGACUCUAGAACUUGUAUUGUGUAUAAAUAAGCACAUCCAGCACAUCCUCUCCCCCUGUUUCUAUGACGCCAACUGUGGCUGAAGAGACUGGAUUGGUUUUGAAAGAGCAACAACAGUGCUGUCAAGGAGCAUUCAAUGCUAACACACAACAGUGAAAGACAAAAAUACAUUUGUGGGUCUCUUGUUACACUUUGCAUUGAAAUCUGAGGGUAUUUUACAGAAAGCUGAAGCUGGAUCUUCCUGCUAUGUAACAGUUUGAUUGUUUUGCUCAUCGGGAAACGGGAUCCUAGAGAAACCGUUUGGAAUGAGCGGACAACAGCACAAUCAUUACAGAUGAUGCAUCAACAGUAGUUAGACUUGAUGUGAAGUAAUAGAAUAUCUCAAUGCUUGCUUGUUUGCAAAAUAAUUGUACUUUUACAACAGAAUUUUUUUUUUAAAAGAUAUCCAAUGACACGUUGAGAUGAAGAUUUCCUCUUUUUGUGGAAAGUGCAUAUUUACCAUUUUGUAAGUGACGUCCUGAAAUGUGCAUUCCUUUUUAUAUAUUUCAAAUGAUACAAGUUGACCACAGUGAAUUUCAACACCAUGCCAUAAAUCAUAGAUGCUCAAUACAUUUAAUCUUAUUUUUAAUCUAUUUCAGUCAACGGCAAGAGAAUCCAAAGUGACAUGGACAGAGUUUAGAUGUGUCCGAUGUGUGUUUUAGUGCCUUUACUGCUGUGCCUUUUUAAAAGAAAUGACAACGAAGCAGAUUUAUAGAUGAAUAAGAGUAUGUACGUAAUUCAGAAUGAUAAAGCAUAUAGUUUUUUUGCAAUUAAUAUAAAAUUCAUUAAAUCAUUUGACCAUAACCACAAUAAUAUACAAUGCAUCUUUUAUUAAAGUGAUGUUUUUUAGAAGCCCUGUAUUUUGGAUUGUUGAGUGAAUUAAAAAAGUGUUUAAAAUCCCAA